AUGUCAGAUCUUUUUGAGCCGCUCCGGGCUACAGUAGCAAAACAUAUACUUGAUGAAACAAGGGAUCAACGAGUAUCUGAACUUGAGGAGUAUACAAAAACUGCAGUAGAGGAAGAACAAAAGCUGUCCAACAGAUCAAAUCCAACUAACAGAUUAAGAUUGUCAUCAGGUAUUAAUGAUAUAUUAAAUCGAACAUUUGAGGUGUGGUUAAGUGACUCAGAGGAUGAAGAAGGUGAAGGUGGUGAAGAUGAGGCUAAUUCUCCGAAUCGAUCACAAGAAUCAAAUAUUGAGGAAAAUGAACAUAAAAACAGAUCAAGAAUUGUUGAUGAGGAACAAGAGCACAGCAACGACAUGGCGAGAUGGCCAAAUGAAUGGAAAUUUAGAAAUUUGUCCUCUCCGGUAGCAAAUACACUUCAAAAUGUAACUUCAGGCUACGAAUUUCCACCAACUAUUUUCACAUUGGAUAAUGACUAUUUCUCAGGCUUCUACAGUGAGCGAAGACCUACAAGGAAGGACAAUCCGGAAUUUCGAUCGAUAGGUCCGCUGGUGUACGAUUUUCUUACCAUGAAUACUUUGCUUCAUACCUGUGUACUUAGACAGGACUGGGAUUCUGCUUAUCAUAUAUUACAAUUGCUUAUACGCAACUCAGAAUGCGACAUACGUCAAAUAUGGUCUAUAGCGUUAAAAAUUCUCAAGGCAAAAUGCAAACAGGAAUUUCAGGAAAUGGUAGAUGUUACUGGGUUGUCUGCAGAACAAGUUUAUCUCUUGUCAAUAUCUAGAAAUGCCACUUUGGCACGCACGUUUAUUAGAUCCGAAAGCUCGGAACUUCUAAAAGCUGUGUUGAAAGUUGUGAACAUGUCAAAUAUUCAGAGACCAUUUCGAUCGAAACUUCAUAGAUUUGUACGAUUUUUGGUGAGAACGUAUAGGAUUCCACCUAUGCGACCAGCUCCUUUGAAGUAUCCGCAUCAAAUAUACUGGGAUAGGAGCAAAGUAGACGAGGAACCUCAUAGGAUGAGGUCGACUGCUUAUAUUCCAUAUAGAGAAGGUACGAUGAAUGCUGUUCCAUUGUAUUCUUAUUCAUUUUUUUGGCUUUUUAUGCUCAGUGGGCAGUUUAAAGAGUUCAAAGAAGUCGCCGAAAACUUUAGUCUUAGGCCUCCAUACAACAUUGACCCGGGGCUCAAAUAUCUACAACGGAUGAAUUCAUAUCUCGAGUGCAUCUAUGCGUACUUUAAGUUAAGACAGAAAAUGGGCUACGAAGCUAGUAUUCGUGAUAAUCAGGAAGGUAUAAUGUCUGUUUGGAACCAGCAGGCGGUACGGAACUACAUUAAUCGGGAGAUCAACAAGAUUAAAGCCGAUAUACACAAGAAAAAAGACACACAAGAGGCACAGAGUAUCAUGUCAGGGAUGAUUCUCUUGAAGAAAUGUGUGAUUAGGCUCCAGGAUGUGGAUAUGGACUCGGAUAGCCAAUCAGAAGACGACUUUGAAGAUGCCUUCAGUUCGACAAGUGACAUGGAUCAAUAG